AUGCCAGUGAAGCUUUACUGUUCAGGCGUAUAUGUUCUGGUGCAAUCUACCAUCAAACAGGUUUUAGUUAACUUGAACACACCACAUCGUGUCUUGCUUUCCAGACUUCUGAUCGUCAGCCAAGCACUGCAUCUUCCACAGGUAAGUACCCUUCACAAAGCAAGUCUUUAGGAGCUAACUGUUAUUAAUAAGAGCAAAGUGCAGCCAUAGCACAUUUGAUAGACGCAAAUACUACUCAAGGGGUAUCACGCAAUACGAGUGGCAUAGGCAAGCCACAAGCUAUCAUGGAUUUGCCAUCAAGUCAGUACUUUAUUCAUGAAAAUACUCGAAGAACAAAGUCUAAAUCCGCGUAUCUAGAGCCUCGGAGCCAAGCAUCGACGAUCAUACUUCCUGGACAAGAUGAAGCAUCUCAUACGCCUCCAACUUUUCUAACGCUCCCUCACGACUGUCGGCACAUGAUCUUGAUAUAUCUCCUUGUCAACCCUUACCCACUGAGACCUCGAUAUAGAAAAGCCAUCAGAAAUAGAAUUGCCGGCCUCGGUCUUGCAGAUAUCGCGGUGCUUUGUCGACAGAUACGCGAUGAGGCCUACGAAGUCUACUUCAACUACAACGUCUUCUACUUUGGGGAUAUCCCUCAUCUGGGUUAGUUCGCACUCAUUCUCAACAUGCAACAUAUAUCAGAACCUACUAACCUAUUCAACAGAUGUUUCAUUCAGCACAUUCUUUCGGAAGAAUACCACGACCCGCCUCAUCAGACAUAUAUCUUGCGAGCUAGUCACGCCAAAGAUGUUUGCCGAGAACAGAGAAUCACCAUUGCAUGAUGCUGUCGAAAAAGCACAUUACCAUUUCGCAACCGUCUUGCAAAAGAUUUCCUGGCUCCAUUCCAUGCGAGAUGUCAUGCACGUCCAAAGCCUUGAGCUCAUCGCCAGAACACCCUACCAAUUCGCGUUAUGUAUAGACCAUGCGGAAAUGUGCGAGAAUAAUGUCAACGACCAUGAAGAUUUUAGCGCUUUUUUCCGUUCGGAAAUCGAAGCUGAUAAAACGGAACUUGCGAGGUUGAGAACUUUGUCAGGUAUCCUGGUCACAUGGGUACAGAUCCCGCGGAAGACGAGCACACCCCCUGACCCAUCGCUAUUAUGUAUGUGGAAUGUAGUCAAGUAUCUUGAUGAGAUAUGUGAUGCGAUAACGCCGGGUACAAAGGGUAGGUAG